AUGCAGAAGCUCUUAUCGCCAAGAACAGCGCGCCACGCCCGUCUCUUCCGACUCGCUGGCAAGUUGGCUGACUCGGGUAGUCCCGGUGUUCCUAAGAGUGACGGCGAGCGCCUCGUGUGGGUUAACUCACACGUGCGGCGUGAUAAGGAUAUUUCCCUAUCCCAAGAGGAGGAGAGGAUUCGGGAGCUAAUGAUGCCGCUGGAGGUCGGAGAGAAUUCCUUCGCGGCUAACGGGCAGGCAACACAUGGUAACUUGUUUUAUUUCCGCGAGUACCCAAUGUACCCCGGAGAGUACGUACCGGCGGAGCAUAACACUCUUUCGUCGUUGCGCGACGAGCUGCGACUUGAUCUAACUGCACAGUCGUUGAAAGAGGCCUGGAUGCGGGUGAGUGGUGGGGUGUAUUUUCAAUCUGUGGAUGAAUACUACGCUUCUGUUGAUGGUCUCGAUGCGGAACAGAUCGGCGAGGUAUUGGCGGCCCUUUUUCCAGAGCUAAACUGUUACGAAGCUCAGGCACUUGUGCAGCGGACAUUAGAGUGCAUUAGUAGGCCAGUCAGCGCCGCUUCACGGCAGCUUAGUCGCACCAUCACGGCCGAAGCGGUGGGACUUGACAACGCACCGGGUCACUACACGAAUUUCUUGGAGUGGAUGGGUCGGUUAACGGAGACACGAGCGUUUAAAACAGAACAUGCACUGUUUGAGUUUAGUCGUCGGAAGUUCAACAGAGAUGAUGUGCGUGUUAUGUUCGAGAACUACCGACUGAUGAGCAAAGCCACUCUCCUUGCUGAUAGCGCGGAUAGCUACAGCCACUUCUACACGGUCCUUAAAGACUUUGCCCGUAAGGUAGCAGGUGAAGAUUCCCGACACCAGAUAGGCGUACGUAUUGAUGAAGCGGAGGUGGACCCGGAAACUGGAAUUGCUGUUGGUCGUGGUUGUGCGGAUGGGGAGAAAUACCACUUCACCGCCCUCCUUCGUGAGAACAGAGACCACAACGGCAUCAUCACUGUGAUGGGCAAACCACUUUCACUGGUUCUUGACAAUAAAGCGUGGUUAAUGGAGAUGGUUUUGAUGCCGUUUGAUGAGGCAAAUCUGGAUUACAGGGAUUUCGAUGUGCAUAUCGUUUCCGAAGGGCAUGCAAUGCCCUCCAUCGCCAACGAAAUUGCUGCCUUCGCCUUACGCAUGGCGGUUGCGAACGCUCUCGUGAAGUUGAUUCCACUGACGCGUAUUCCACUGAAGAAGUCGGGACUGCUGUCAGUGGACCGCCGGCGCGAAAGGGGACAGUUCCCGGGAUAUCUUGAUGGAAAGAAGGUGAAGCGUCGCUUUGCCAAGCGGUAG